GCGAGUUCCCCGUCAACCACGACAUCAAAUCAAUCCGGCCACCUUCGAAAAGUCUCAAGUCUUCCCAACGUCAAUACUCCCUUCGCCCUCAAUCCAUUACCUAACCCUAACACCCAUCUAUAAAAGUCCGCCAUUUCCCACCACCUUUCCCCCACUCUCCUCUGUUCCCCUGUUCUAAUUCAUGGCGGUCCCAAAGUCGCAACUUUUGGCCGCCGCCGCCGCGCUUCUCCUCGCAUCCAUCUCCCUCGCUGGAGCGCAGAACUGCGGUUGCGCGCAGGACCUCUGUUGCAGCAAGUACGGUUACUGCGGCACCGGAACGCCAUACUGCGGCGAUGCCUGCCAAUCGGGGCCCUGUUAUAACUCGCCGCCGUCCAGCGGUGGCGGCGGGGUUUCGGUGGCGGAUGUGGUGACGCAGGCGUUCUUCGAUGGUAUAAUCGGGCAAGCAGGAUCGGGCUGCGAAGGGAAAACGUUCUAUACUCGACAGGCGUUCUUGGAUGCGGUUAAUCAGAAAUACUCUGAUUUUGGGCAGGACGCCACCGCAGACGACUCCAAGAGGGAGAUCGCCGCCUUCUUUGCCCACGUUACUCAUGAAACCGGAUACUUGUGCUACAUAGAGGAGAUAGACAAGUCUAGCUCCUACUGCGACACGAACUAUCCUCAGUACCCGUGCGCGGCGGGGAAGAAGUACUAUGGACGCGGCCCACUACAGAUAUCGUGGAACUACAACUACGGCCCGGCGGGCCAAGAUAUCGGGUUUGAUGGGCUGAACUCGCCGGAGACCGUCUCGAGUGAUGCCGUCAUUGCAUUCAAGACGGCUCUCUGGUUCUGGAAGACUAACGUGCAUGGUGUUGUCGGUCAGGGCUUCGGUGCAACCAUACGUGCCAUUAAUGGCGCCUUGGAGUGCAAUGGGGGGAACACCAGUGAGAUGAAUGAUCGUGUCAGUAUAUACAAGAAUUAUUGCAGUCAGUUUGGUGUGGAUCCCGGAAAUAAUCUCACGUGCUAAAUGUGUGUACGUGUGUGUACGUGUUACGUGUGCUUGUGUAUGUGUUACGCGUGCGUGCGUGCACGCGUGUAACAUAAUCUCACGUGCUAAAUGUGUGUACGUGUUACGUGUGCGUGUGUAUGUGUUACGUGUAUGUACGUGUGUGUGUGCAUGCAUGUGGGUAAAAAUAAUGAAAUGAGGAGGGGAACAUGGACGAUGAUGUUCGGGGUGAUGAAUAAGUGGUGAGAAUUGAGGUUGGAAGCCACCAAGAAAUAAGUUUCAUUUUAAU